AAACGCUCGAGGCCCGACUAUGACGAAGGACGCAAGAUGAACGUGGCUUUCAACAGUCGAGAUCUCCUCCAUCUCUCCGUGGCUCCUGGAACGAAGUCUUGGAGUAUUUUUGUCGGUGUGAUGUCCGUUGGAAUUGGUGCGUCAUACUAUAGCCCAGAUGAUCAUAUUCUUAUGAAAAUUGCCUAUCUCACUGGGUGUCUCAUUCUUGGCCUCACAUUCUUGGAUGAUUGGGAGGAUUGUGUAUUUGAUAUCAAGAAGGGUCAAGUGACCAUAACGAGACGCAACUGGUUUGAGUGGUUAACGAGCCGCUGUGCUGAUCACAACACGCUCGUCCUCGAUACAGGCUCGGUCAUUGCAGUCACAGUUGUGCAAGGGAAAGGCGGACACAAAGAUGGCUAUCAAGUUGCAAUGGUCUUAAGAGCUGGAGGAACAAUGCCACUUUCAGAAACGAGUGCAGGGGUGAAAAGCGAACAAGAGCACCUCGCGAAGAAAGUGCGAGACUUUCUGUCUCUGGACCGUGUUGAGUCCGUCAGAAACGUGUGGAACGACUGGUCGGAGAGUGAUGAAGAGGACUUCCUAAUGGUUCCUCAGCCACCAUUUGAGGUUGAAUGCUUAAAGGGUAGUGGAAAUAUAAAUUUUGAGGACAUAAAAUUAGAAAAUGAACGUGUUGUGCAGCAACGGGACAGUGACGAAAUGGACACUUCCAGCAGUGACGAGGAGCUCUAUGAUGACCUCUGAGCUCUUUCAAUAGAGGAGGGAGGCGUGAUAGUGAAAUACACUAUCAGUGACAUGCUUCCCUCUGUGCUGUCCUUCUCACUUCUUUAGGUGGCGGACAGCCUGUUGAAGUAUACUCAUAAUGAGUGAUAUUCUUUUUAUUUGUAUGUAUACAUAAUGUAACUGCUAAUACUGACUGACACUGUACCACUGUGCCAUGAUCCUCAGUAUCUUUGUCUGCACCUUCUUUACCUUGAGUGUAAAAUGUUUUUUUUAUCAAGACUCAGGUUAUUUGUGUCAGUUAGCAAAAAAUGAAAGUUCUGUAUUGGAUUUUUUUUGGACUGAUUGUAAUGAUAUACCAAAAAUAAUAAGGAUGAUCGUGUCCAUAUUAUCUGCUGGUUAGAGUAGUAGAUGAAACAGUUCCUAAGUUCUAAAAAAAAAAUGGUGCUUUUAUAUUCUCUUUUAGAAGUUUCCCCUCUUGUUGCCAUUAGAGAAGGAAGACAAGCACAUGUCUUCAGAUUCUGAAAUGACUUCAGUUGACAAGGAUAUAUAUCAUUUCUGUUUGCCUAUUGGUUUCUCAAAAGAGUGAGAAUGUGUUGGAAAAUCAUGUGUGUUAGAGAAUCGUAUAUAUUCUGUUUGGAUCGUAAUGUAUAUCCUAAAAUGUAUGCAUGGAUGAUUUUUUCUUGCCCACAGUUACUUAAAGAUUUCACUCAUGAAUUGUGAGGAACUUAAAUGUGUGGGAAUGUGGGAGCAUGCAUGUUUACCUGCCUGUGUGCAUAUGUGCUUGCAUGUAUGUAUGUGCACUUAUAUUGAAAUAAUGAAACUGCCAGCACACUGAUCUGUCAAUAUUUGUCAUACUGUAGGUCUCAUUUAGUGACUAAACUUUAUGUUCAGACGAAAGUGAACUCUGAAGUUGUGAAAGGAAUGAUAAACUAAUGCAUUUUUAUGCAUUUUUGGUGUACCUUUUUCAUGUGAAGUACAUUUAGUUUCUUUCAUAUUUUUAUUUUUUUACUGAAUUCUUUGUUGUCGUGCAAUAUGCUUGACUCGUAUUGAACUCCUCAUGUGGAAUUGUAUUGCAAUUUUUGGUUUAAGCAGGUUAUUUUUUUUAUUCAUUCAUUACUAUUUUAUUUUAAUUUUAAUCAUUAUUAUUUUUCAGUCAUUAUGGUUUGUAACAAUUUUAUUAUAUUAGCAUAAUCUUCUCUAAAUUGGGGUCUGUUCAUCACCUGAUGUGGUUUUUCCUCUAUGCAAGCACAGAAAAUCUGAGACGUGAUUUUACUACUCAAUUGAAAUCUUCCCAAAUUGUUUAUGGCGAGUGUGAUAACUUUUGAAUUUGGGCUAGAGAUUAGCCAGCUUCUUCAUCUUUGGGACAGCAGAAUAUUUUUGAAGGUUGAUAGGCAAGAUAUCAAAAAUUACCGUUAAGAAUGCUAAUAAUGCCAGUUUUUUGGUAAAUAAUUUUUACUGAAACUUGUUGAAUCGAUUCUUUUUUUUUAUUAAUAUGAUUUGAAUGGGAAGAUUAUUUUUUUUCCAAAGUCUCGCAAGGUAAUAAACAGAGACGAAAAACAGAAAAUGUAGUGAUAAUAAAUACAUAGUUAAAUGGUGCCUUUCUAAUAUUUUUAUUUUUUUCAUGGAAAUGAGAAAAUAUUCAUACAGGAUAGAAAAUCAAAUAUGUAUGUGUUAACUGCCUCAGGACUGGCUUAUUGUCGAAUGAUUUUUUAUUUUAUUUUUUAUUAUUUUUUUGUAAUAUCGCUGUUGAGAAGUUAAUUAUAGACAUGGAUAUAUAUAUAUGUAUUUGUUGUAGAACACAUAUAAGGGAAGCUGGGCAGAUAAUGUUAAGUGGUUCUUGGAUAUUUGGUUUUCCCAAUUUUGAUUGUGUAAUAUUAUUAUCAUCAUUAUUUUUUUCUUAAGUGGUGACUUUUAUAUGUCUUUGCUUGGAACUAAUAUAAUCCCUAGGGUUUUAAUUUAUGAUUGUAAAGCAAUAAUGAAAUGAUUUGUCUUCUGGUUUAUCUAACUGAAUUUAGAAAUAUUUGUAGUAUACGUUAUAGUAGCUGAAUACUAUAAGAUAUUUUGAUAACAGUGUUAGGCAUUAAGUAUUUCUACAUUUGCAUUAUGCGGAGACUGGUGAGAGGAAAUGUAUUUUCUCUAUAAUUAAAGAAAAAAACAAACAAACAAAAAAAUUGUAUUUAAGCUCGAAAUUAUUUUCUCAUCUAUUAAGUAAUGUUUAAGGCUAGGUGUUGUAUGCUAGUAUAAGAAUUUAGAUAGAUAACCUUGUAAGAUAAAUCAAAUGAUAGUUAUAGCUGGUGAUAAUGCUUUAAGAUUGAAAAAAACUUUUUUUUUCAAUUAACAUCUUAACUUAAUUCAGCUAUGUGCAUGAUUUAUUUGCAUAACAUGAUUAUUUUUUAGUCUACUAGAUGAGGCAGAAGAGAACUUAAUUAUGUAAUAUCAUUGCCACACAAGUGUUCAUUUUUUAUGCUUUUUUGUUUUUCUUACUUUUUUUCUCUUUCAUUUUUUCCUUUUCUUUUUCUUUCUCCCCCCCCCCCCCUCCUAGGAUGCCAUGUAGAAAGGAUGAUAACAGGGCAUAGGAUUAACCACCUAAUAUACACAAAGGAUAUUUUCAUCACUUUAAAAAUCUCAUAUCUAUUUAUCCCACCGCAGUGUGGUUACUGAACCGAGUGAAGCUUCUGGAAAAUACGUAUCCGGCCUGUGUUGUGUUUCGGUUUGUGUUUCAUAGUGCAUUUUUGUGUGUGACUUCAUUUUUGAUCUGACUGUGUGAAAUUGUCUCAUAGUUGUGCUUUUAGUUGCACUAGCAGUUUAUAUUUCUUUUAUCUUUCUUUCUUUCUUUUUUUU